AUACUCGCCUCUGGCAGAGUUUGCAUGGGACAGGGUGACUGAUUGGCACAUCCAGAGGUUCCCUUCCGGGUCCAUCCCAGGCCCUCACCAUGCCCACUCUCAUCCCUGAAUCAACUACAGAAUUCUUUGAGUAUGAUGAGUCUGCUGAAGCCUGUUAUAUCGGGGACAUCGUGGCCCUUGGUACAGUCUUCCUUUCCAUAUUCUACUCCCUUGUCUUUGCCUUUGGCCUGGUGGGAAAUUUGCUGGUGGUGUUUGCCCUCACCAACAGUAAGAAGCCCAAGAGUAUCACUGACAUUUACCUCCUGAACUUGGCCUUGUCUGAUCUGCUCUUUGUAACCACUUUGCCCUUCUGGACUCAUUAUGUGAUAACCGAGCAAGGCUUCCACAAUGCUGUGUGCAAACUUACUACUGCUUUCUUCUUCAUCGGCUUUUUUGGAGGCAUAUUCUUUAUCACCGUCAUUAGCAUCGAUAGGUACCUGGCCAUAGUCCUAGCAGCCAACUCCAUGAACAACCGGACCGUGCAGCAUGGUGUCACCAUCAGCCUGGGCGUCUGGGCAGCAGCCAUCUUGGUGGCAGCACCCCAGUUCAUGUUCACAAAGCAGAAAGGAAAAGAAUGCCUUGGUGACUACCCCGAGGUUCUCCAGGAAGUCUGGCCUGUGCUCCGCCAAAUGGAAGCAAAUCUUCUUGGCUUCCUUCUUCCCCUGCUCAUUAUGAGUUACUGCUACUUCAGAAUUAUCCAGACGCUGUUUUCCUGCAAGAACCACAAGAAAGCCAAAGCCAUUAAACUGAUCUUUCUGGUGGUCAUUGUGUUCUUCCUCUUCUGGACACCAUACAACAUUAUGGUCUUCCUGGAGACACUCAACCUCUAUGACUUUUUUCCCAGCUGUGACAUGAGGAGGAAUCUGAAGUUGGCCCUCAGUGUGACUGAGACGGUUGCAUUUAGCCAUUGUUGCCUCAAUCCAUUCAUCUACGCGUUUGCUGGGGAGAAGUUCAGAAGGUACCUUUACCACCUGUAUGGGAAGUGCCUGACUGUCCUGUGUGGGCGCUCAGUCCACGUCAGCUUCUCUCCAUCUGAGUCUCAAAGAAGCAGGCAGGGAAGUGUUCUUAGCAGCAAUUUUACUUACUACACAAGUGAUGGAGAUGCAUCUAUCCUUCUCUGAAGGGCUCCCCAAAGCCUUGUGUCUACAGAGAACCCAGAGAUCCUGAAUCUGACACUGAGCAAUAAAGGCAGAUUUUUGUUGUUAUUUCUUACAUGUGAGAAAUCAUGGACCUGGUGCCCACACAAUAAUCCUAGAGUGUUUUUGAGAACUGUGCUCAAA